AUGGGAGGAAAUCACACCCAGAAUAAAUUCAUCCUGUUGGGAAUUACAGACAGCCCAUAUGCACAGACUCCUCUUUUUGUCUUGUUUCUAUUGAUUUACAUUGUCACUUUGGUGGGGAACGUUGGCAUUAUCACAUUGGUGCGGGUGUCUCCCAGCCUCCACACCCCCAUGUACUUCUUCCUCACCCAUUUUGCCUUCACUGACAUCUGCUAUUCCACAGUCAUCUCCCCCAGGAUGCUGGCAGACCUGUUAUCAGAGGACAGAACCAUUUCUUUCUCUGGCUGCAUGAUGCAGUUCCUCACCUUUGCUUUUUUUAGUACUAUUGAGUGUCACCUCCUGGCCAUGAUGGCCUACGACCGACACGUUGCUAUCUGCCAGCCCCUGCUUUAUGUUACCAUCAUCUCCAGCCACAUCUGCUGGCAGCUGAUAGCAACAUCCUACCUAUUCGCCUUCCUGAGUGCCAUCAUCUACACAUGGUGCACGUUUGGAGGUUCCUUCUGCGGUCCCAACCGCAUCGACCACUUCUUCUGUGAUGAAGUUCCUGUGCUGAAGCUCAUGUGCUCUGACACUCACAGCAGUGAGAUGCUCAUCUUUGCCUUCAUCACCAUCAACGUGGUGGGCACUAGCAUGAUCAUUCUGCUCUCCUACAUCUCUAUCCUCUGCACCGUGCUGAGGAUGUGCUCAGCACAGAGCAGGGCCAGAGCCUUCCGCACCUGCGCCUCCCAUUUGAUGGCUGUUGCCUCCUUCUUUGGUACAAAGUUCUUCAUGUACCUACAACCUCCAUCUAGCCACAGGAGCCGCGAUAAGGCCGCCUCCAUCAUCUAUACCAUCAUCACCCCCAUGCUUAACCCAUUCAUCUACAGCCUGAGGAACAAGGAGGUGAAGGGGGCUCUGGUGAAGUGCAGGAGCAGGCUCUUCAACCCCUGGCAACCUAAGAAAGUUCUAUCAUCUAGCACAUGUCAACUGAGAAAGCCUAUGGUACACUAA